AUGCUCAUGUCAUAUCUGAUUCAGUUGACACGCCUGUACAAAGGGGCAAUCCAACCUCUGUGGUCGAGUACACCAAUUGAGGGGAGACUGGAAAGAAUGACGUCGGGCUCGAGAAUGCCGACGUGGAAGGAGAGGGAGAACAACAAGAGGAGAGAGCGGCGGAGGAGAGCGAUCGCCGCCAAGAUCUACUCCGGGCUCAGGAUGUACGGGAACUACAAGCUCCCGAAGCACUGCGACAACAACGAAAUCCUCAAAGCUCUCUGCAACGAAGCUGGAUGGACCGUUGAAGAAGACGGAACCACUUACAGAAAGGUACGCUUAGUCGCUUACUAA